AUGCACAUGCGCGACUUGCGACAGCUCGACGAAGUCUUUACGGUCUCCAACGAGCCAUCGCUCUCGGUCCGCCGCCAAGCCAUUCUGCUCAACGCGGAUCCUAUCCGGGCGGUAAUUUUGCGCGACAAUUGCUUGGUGUUUCUACCGAGCGGUGCCGACAACCUUGCUUCCAAGCUCGACACGCUCGUCCAAGAGCACGUCAAGGCAUCCAACUCGGAGCGUACGCCGUUUGAAUUGCGCGCUCUGGAAGUGGUGUUGGCGGCCGUCUGCUCCGGGCUCGUCAUGGACGGCGACGCGCUUCUGCCGACUGCGCAAGCAGCCGUCGAGCGCAUGAGCCGCCCGGACUUGCCAAUGGGCGACAUGGAGGCGCUUCGCGCCCUCAAAAAAAGCCUCCACGAGAAUUCCACGCGCGUGGGGGCGGUGCGGCGCAUGCUCGUGGAAGCAUUGGACAAGGAAGACGAUCUGCGUCGCAUGCAGCUCACAGUGCUGGAUACGUCACCCGUGCACGAGACGCUCGCGACCGAGACCGUGGAAGCCAUCAUUGAGACCUACCUUCACGAUUUGUAUGCAACACAGACACGCGUCGCGCUCAUGCUUCAGCGCAUCCAAAGCACCGAAGACAUGGUGCUAUUGCAGCUGCAGACGAAGCGCAAUUCGCUGCUUGUGGUUGACCUCACCCUCUCGAUGGUGGCGACGCUCGUGGCCGUCCCCAACUUUGUCGUCGGCGGCUUUGGCAUGAACCUCGACUCGACGGUGCAGACCACGCGCUACAUGUUUUGGAUCGUCUUUGGCUUUUGCAUUGGCUUCCCGAUUCUCGCCUUCCACGUCAUUAGCGUCUAUCUCUCACGCCGCGGGAUCGUUCUGCGCCUCUGAGUCACCUGAACCCACCGAAAGGUUAUAGAAAUACCACGACACAUAUUGUCUACUA